AUGCCUCCAAAGAAACAAGUUGAAGAGAAAAAGAUCCUUCUUGGUCGUCCAGGUAACAACUUGAAGUCUGGUAUUGUUGGUCUUGCCAACGUUGGUAAGUCGACUUUCUUCCAGGCCAUUACCAGAUGUCCAUUGGGUAACCCAGCCAACUACCCGUUCGCCACUAUUGAGCCAGAAGAGGCCCGUGUUCUUGUUCCAUCUCCAAAGCAGGAUAAACUUGUUGAGAUCUACAAGCCAAAGAGCGGUCCUGUUCCAGCUUACUUGACCAUUUACGAUAUUGCUGGUUUGACCAAAGGUGCCAGUGCUGGUGAGGGUUUGGGUAAUGCGUUCUUGUCCCAUAUUAGAGCCGUUGAUGCUAUCUACCAAGUUGUCCGUUGUUUCGACGACGCCGAGAUUAUCCAUAUCGAAGGUGACGUCAACCCAGUUCGUGACUUGGAGAUCAUCCACAACGAGUUGAGACUUAAGGACAUUGAAUUUGCUGAAAAGCACUUGGAAUCUGUCUUGAAGAUCACAAGAAAGGGAGGUCAAUCUCUUGAGGUUAAACAGAAGAAGGAGGAGGCUGCCCUUGUGGAGAAAAUCAUUGAUCUCUUGCAGAAUGACCAGAGAGUUGCCAACCAAAACUGGACCUCCAAGGAAGUUGAAAUCAUCAACACCAUGCAGCUUUUGACCGCUAAGCCAGUCAUUUACCUCAUUAACUUGUCUGAGAAGGAUUACGUCAGAAAGAAAAACAAAUACUUGGUCAAGAUCAAAGAAUGGGUUGACACUUACUCACCAGGUGAUGUCAUCAUCCCAUUCUCUGUCUCCCUCGAGGAGAGACUCUCUCACAUGGAGACCGAUGAGGAAAGAGCUGCUGAGGAGGAGAGAGUUGGUGCCAAGUCUGCAUUGACCAAGAUCAUCUGGACCAUGAGAGAGAAGUUGGAUUUGAUCAACUUCUUCACCUGUGGUGAACAAGAAGUUCGUGCAUGGACUAUCAGAAGAGGUACAAAGGCCCCACAAGCUGCUGGUGUCAUCCACACUGAUUUCGAGAAGUCCUUCAUCUUGGCCAAUGUUAUCAAGUACGAGGAUAUUGUUGAAUUGAAGGAUGAAACUGCUGUUAAGGCUGCAGGUAAAGUCAUGACAAAGGGUAAAGAUUGGGUCGUUGAGCCAGAUUCCAUUAUCAACUUCCGUGCUGCUUUGGCAAAGAACUAA